AUGGCCGGCCGUGGACGAGAGCUUACGCUGCCCGCAUGGAUGAAAAAGCAGCAGACGAACGAAUCUGAACCAAAUAGCUCUGCGUCUUUGCAUCCUCCUCCUCGUCCUCAACAUCAGCAAAUACAGUCAUCAGUGCCGUCACAGUUCUCUGAUGCUCCGGAAGUCUUGAAUAGCAGCAGUGGAAAACCUGCGGAUGAUGGCCGACGCCACAGCUUGCAUCGUAGCAGUCGCCGUAGUCGCUCGUCCUCGUCACACCGUCGAGAUCGCAGUCGCAGCAAAGAACGACGAUCGACACGACACCGCUCGUCCCGUGAUCGUCGCAGUCGUAGCCGAGAUUGCGAUCGCCGCCGGUCCCGUGACCGCGUGGACCGCCGUGCAUCCAAACGCAGUCGCUCGCACUCUUCGUCGCGUGUCGUUCGUCGCCGCAAGAAAUCCAACUUUGACGUGCGGCCACCAGGAGUGACGGAAGAAAAUGCUGCUGCCUAUGCAGCACAGGCGAUUUUGCAGCAGAAUAUGGCGGCACUAUCUGGAUCAGUGGGUCCAGCGUCCUUUGGAGCUCCGCAGACCCCAGCGGUGCCUAUUGGGAAUGUUCCACCGGCGCAACCGAUGUACUCGCAUUCGCAUCAAGCCAGUACGGCAUACGCGUUUACAGGCCAGUCUCAACAGACACGCCAUGCGCGUCGACUGUAUGUUGGUGGUAUUGGCGAAAUUUCAGAGGCAGAGAUUACUGUGUUUUUUAACGAUGUCAUUGACCGCGCACUGGGUGAGAAGCAGGAAGGUGGCUCCGUUGUGUCUGUGUACAUUAAUCGCGAGCGUCAUUUUGCUUUUGUGGAACUGCGCACUAUUGAGCUGACUACGGCCUGCAUGAACCUCGAUGGCGUGUCGUACAAUGGCCAACCACUGAAAAUCCGUCGACCAAAUGAUUACAAUCCGGCUACGGUUCCUAAGGAUCUAGGACCGAUUCCACAGCUCAAUCUGGCAGCCUUGGGCAUUGUGUCCACGACAGUGAGCGAUGGUCCAGGUAAAAUUUUCAUUGGCGGUUUACCGUACCACCUCAACGAAGAGCAGGUAAAAGAGUUGUUGCAAGCGUUCGGCCCGCUGCGGUCAUUUCAUCUUGUCAAGGAGCUUAGCUCCAACCUGUCGAAGGGCUAUGGGUUCUGCGAGUACAUGGAUAUCAACGUGACAGAUGCUGCAUGUGUCGGGCUGAACGACAUGCGCCUUGGUGACAAGACUCUUACAGUACGUCGAGCGAUGUCGCAAGAAAAUGCUAAGGCCGUCGCCAGUGCUGCAGGUACAGUGAACACUGGCCUAGAAUUGGGUUUAGAUCCAUCGCGAGCUGCGAUGCAGGCUAUGACAAUGGCAGGUAUCCCUAGUGUGCCGCUGGGUAACCCCUCUCGUGUCAUUGUGCUGCUCAACAUGGUGACGCCGGAAGAGCUUGAGGACGAGGAAGAAUAUGCUGACAUUGUAGAUGACAUCAAGGGCGAGUGUGAACGCUUUGGUACCGUGCCGUCACUGUUGCUUCCACGCCCGCGUGAUGGUGUCCCUAGUGCCGUCGGUAAGGUCUUUGUUGAGUUUGACGAUGUGCAGGCGGCCCAGGGCGCAGCCACUGAAUUACACGGUCGCGGGUUUUCAAACCGAACGGUGGCCGUCGAAUUUAUGGAGGAAGGAAAGUAUGCGCGCAGGGAGCUUGCGUAG